AUGACCUUUAUACUGACGGAGUUUUAUUCAGGAACAUGGCAUCCCCUCGGACGUGUCACUGGUGGCACUCUUUACCCUGGCUUAAUGGUCACCAGCGGUGUUAUCUAUAAACUCCUCCGACUUCUCGCUCUUCCCGUCGAUAUUCGAAACGUAUGCGUCUUACUUGCUCCCGCCUUUUCUGGCCUGACAGCCCUGGCCAUGUACCUCCUCACUACAGAGAUGGCUCCCUCUCCAUCAGCCGGUCUUCUAGCCGCUGCCUUUGUUGGAAUUGCGCCGGGUUACAUCUCCCGUUCUGUGGCUGGAAGUUACGAUAACGAAGCAAUUGCCAUCUUCCUUCUCGUCUUUACAUUCUUCCUCUGGAUCAAGGCUGUGAAGAACGGAUCGAUCAUGUGGGGUGCUUUGACAGCUUUGUUCUACGGGUACAUGGUGUCUGCCUGGGGUGGAUAUGUGUUCAUUACCAAUUUGAUUCCUCUACAUGUCUUCGUCCUUAUUUGCAUGGGAAGGUAUACAUCCCGUCUAUAUAUCAGUUAUACCACGUGGUAUGCUCUUGGAACCCUAGCCAGCAUGCAAAUUCCUUUCGUUGGUUUCCUACCAAUUCGCAACAGUGACCACAUGGCAGCUCUUGGUAUAUUUGGCCUCCUUCAAAUUGUUGCCUUUGUCGAGUUCCUGCGUGCCCAGGUUCCCAGCAAACAGUUCCAGACUGUUCUUACUAGCCUUGUCCUCUUGGUUUUCAUCGUGUCAUUUGCUGGACUGGUACUCUUGACGGUCUCAGGAGUCAUUGCCCCAUGGAGUGGACGAUUCUACUCGCUGUGGGAUACUGGCUACGCAAAGAUUCACAUCCCUAUCAUUGCAUCCGUCUCAGAACAUCAGCCUACCUCCUGGCCAGCUUUCUAUUUCGACUUGAACAUGAUGAUCUGGCUCUUCCCACCAGGCGUAUACAUGUGUUUCUACAGACUUAAAGAUGAGCAUGUCUUUAUUAUUAUCUACGCCGUUCUGGCCAGUUACUUUGCCGGAGUCAUGGUUCGAUUGAUGUUAACCCUUACCCCUGUGGUAUGCGUUGCUGCCGGACUGGCCCUGUCGCAGAUAUUGGAUGUCUAUCUACGUAUGGACUCCUCCAAUCCGGACGCCAAAAAACAAGGAUCCGGCGAUAAGUCGGCUCAAGGCGGCCUACGCAUUGCUCGCAAUAAGGUUGUGGGUAUCUACUCGAACUUCUCAAAGCUAGUCGUGUCAGGAACUGUUCUGGUCUAUCUUCUCUUCUUCGUUGCCCACUGUACUUGGGUCACCUCCAACGCUUAUUCCUCCCCCUCUGUCGUACUAGCCAGCAGAUUGCCUGAUGGCAGUCAAUUUAUUAUUGAUGACUACCGUGAAGCGUACUACUGGCUUCGACAGAAUACCCCUAAGAAUACCAAGAUAAUGGCAUGGUGGGAUUACGGAUAUCAAAUUGGAGGUAUGGCCGAUCGACCGACUUUGGUUGACAACAAUACCUGGAACAACACCCAUAUUGCUACAGUUGGUAAAGCAAUGAGCUCCAGUGAAGAAGUCAGCUAUCCUAUCCUACGACAGCACGAUGUGGACUACGUGCUUGUCGUGUUCGGAGGUCUACUAGGAUACUCUGGAGAUGACAUCAACAAGUUUUUGUGGAUGAUUCGCAUUGCUGAAGGUAUUUGGCCUGAAGAGGUCAAGGAACGAGACUUUUUCACUGAUCGCGGAGAAUAUCGCGUGGACGAGCAUGCUAGCCCAGCGAUGCGCAACAGUCUAAUGUACAAAAUGUCCUACUAUGACUUUCACAACCUCUUUCCUCCCGGCCAAGCGCAAGACCGUGUCCGUGGUGUCCGACUUCCCUCUCAAGGGCCUCAACUAACCACGAUCGAGGAGGCAUUCACUAGUGAAAACUGGAUCAUUCGAAUUUACAAAGUAAAGGAUCUCGAUAACGUAGGCCGAGACCACGGAAGUGCAGCUGCGUUUGAAAAAGGCCACAAGAAGAAGACUACUGCUAGCAAACGGCGAGGAAGGCCAGUGCUGCGAACAGAAUAA